GUUUGUGUUGAGUGCAUAGUACUUGAUGUUUCGGUUUACGUAGUAGAGGAAUUAUGCUGUAUGGCGCUUUUUUUACUGACGAGGAGUUUAAACUGAGGAUCGAAACGUGAUCCAAUUUUCUCGAGAUCGCCGAACACUACAGAUAACAUUGUUUAAUUCAAUCAGGUAAAUCCAGAUGAUGUGGAUACAAAAACUCAAUAAAACAUAAGAAAGAAAACACACGACAUAUGAAAAUCCAUAAAGGAAAUAUAGCAGAAGCUCAAUCAAAUGGAAUUCUGGAAAUUCAAACCAUGCUGAGCCAGAAGGAAACUACCUGUAAUUUUCAUCUUAAAAUAUGAGCCCCAUAGUGUUAAUACAAGACGACGCCUCGAAUGAAACUGAUUUGUCCUUGGGUUGGUCUGCCGGCGUGGACGGUCCAGCAUGUGUGGUUUUGCUGGUGGCCUAUGCGAUCGUCCUACUGACCGGAGUAGCAGCCAACGCGAGCCUUUUGGCAGCCUUGUGCGCCCAACAAGGUCGCGCUCGCAGCCCGAUGUUAUUCGCGGUCUGCCUGGCGGACCUCGUCGUUUGUGGAUGCAGUGUGCCCCUAUCAGCUCUUCUUCUGGUCACGGCAGCAGCAAAGAGGCCUUGGCAGUUCUCCGCCCUGGCUUGCCGAACAACGCACUUUAUGCAGAUCUUUCCAGUAGCGGCAAGUACGUUAUCGUUAAUGGGUCUUGCAAUGGAUCGUUACUUGACUGUGAAGCGUCCACGAUUAUCUUCCCAGAGCGGCAUACCAGGUGCGUUUUCGGCCGUCGGAGCAUGGCUGGCUGCUGCGUUGCUCUGUGCACCAGAACUCCUCGGCCGGCAAGUGCGCGAGGAAGAUUUACAUUGUGUGGACACGUCGACGCCGAAUCACAUACGAAUGCUUUUGUUAGUGAUUAUAUUCGCGGUGCCAGCGGUGGCCGUCGUAGGCGCCCAUCUGGGAGUGCGUUCCGAACUUUGCGCGUUAUCUUUGACCGCUCGUGCCGCACACGGCGAGUUGCCUCUACCGGUGCCUCUGCUACGGCGUUCGACUCACGUCGUAAUAGUAGCUGGAAUGGGGCCGCCUGGUCGAGAGACGUUAUAUCGACGCGAUUCGGCGGACGGCGCCGAGGCCGAGUUAGCGGAACGCGCCCGCUGCAUGCGACCACCUGUCGUGAAUCAUCAUCCACCGGCAACUCGCGGUCCCCAGCGCGGUCCGUCUAGACAUGCACAACGAAAUGCGGAACCGCAGCCCCCAGAAGGUCGUCGCCCACAGGCAUCAACCUUGCGCAGCAGACGACGCCUGGCAAACAUGCUUGUGGCGGUGGCGGUUGCGUUUGCGGCUUGCUGGGCUCCGCACGUCCUUGUCACGUUCUUGCCGACUGUACCCGCACGGGUCUCUCAGUUCGCUCUGCUUCUAGGCCAUGCACACUCUGCACUAAAUCCGGUGGUAUAUUGGGCGUUGAAUUAUCAAUCACUCGGCAGUUUCAUACCAUGUGCACAUUUCAAGUUGCGGAAACAUUUUCGCUUCCCGGCGGCUCCUCCGCCUCCUUCGUCAACGAAUGAAGCGGCUCUGGGGCCGUUUAAUCCGCGCUACAUAAAGGCAAGGCCGCCGCCCCUCGGCCGCCCGCUUCAUCGCAUUACCUAUAUUAGAAGCUCAAAUGCCCCACUGACUGAUACGUUGACCAACUGCUCCAUGAUGGGCUCGUUCACCCUUUAUGAUAGAUUUUAG